AUGUCGUUGUCUCUCCUCUCCGAUCAACCUAUUGGUAUUUACGCUGCUGGAAUUCUCUCAGCCAGUAACUUUCUUCUUGGUUUGAAUGUGAGUCGGCUCCGAAUGAGUACCAACAAAUCCAUUGGUGUGGAUGAUCAAGAUUUGAAUAGUCCCUUGACCAAGGCCGUUCGUGCUCAUGGCAAUCAUGCCGAGUAUACUCCAACUGCUAUUUCGUUGAUGUUAUUCAUGGAAGCCAAACAAUUGAUCAAGAGUCCUGGUGGUCAUACAGGUACGAGAGCAAUGGUAGUGAUGCGAGCUUGCAUGAUUGCCUAUGUGCUUGCGAGAUUAUCAAUCACUUGUGGUCUCUUGUCACCCAAUAGUCUUGCUAAAGUAAGUCCGUUCCGAAGACUGGGAGCAGUAUUGAAUUAUGUUUUGGGAAUUGCUUUGAGCGUUGGGCUUGUAACUGUGUAA